GUGCCAGCCAAGGUCACCACUUUAUAUACUACCCAUCAAGGUUCAACGUACCCCUCAGGACUGGCUGGAGCCUAGUGCACAAAUGGAAACGACUAGGCCUCCAUUUAUGCACAGCGCGUUCUUAUAAGAAUGCAUCGCCCAUCGAACAUUGACGAGGCUCUUUAUCCGUUUCGUGCGCAGAUUUCUGGGCCUCGAAGCACUCGGCACUUUCGGUAGUUAGACGCGUGAUAUUCGCCAGAUAUCACCACCAGACUGAUCAGAAAGUUAUUGCCGAUUCUCUAUCGCCAUUGACCACCCAAGCCCCCAUUCGUGUGUUCCUCGCCGACACAUAGCACCUGAUAUCUUUGUAUCGAUGCAAGCGAUUGCUUGAUUGCCAUCUUCUGCCUCGAAACGCAUCAUAGGAAGCAGACAAAGUGGUCAAUCACAAUCGUCUCACAAAUGUCAUCUCGGUGCCUCGAUAUCCCCCACAGCAAGAGUGGUUCUAGACCACCGAAGCUAGUCAGGUCGAGUUCAUCCUUGUCCUUCGCUAAAGAAGCCGGAAUUUCCAAGCGUCGCCAUGAUCUCCGUCAUCGUCGCCCUAAUGUGGCGACCGUUCCCGGAACAGUGGCUCGUGCAGAGUACGUUUUCAAACCGAACCAAACUCAAUUCAAACCUACUUCUGAUCAAUCUGCUUCUAGUGGCAACCUGAAUGCCAUCUCACCCAUCGUCACCCUCUUAAUCGGCCAGGAGUCCCGCAUCUUCGCCGCCCACGAAAACGUGCUAUCCGCUUCGCCCUUCUUCAAGAACGUCAUCGACACUCAAUUCUCCGAAGGUGAAACCAAGCGAAUAUUGCUCCCUAAUGAGGAACCCGAGAUCUUCUCCUCAGUUCUCGAAUAUCUCUACAAAGGCGACUACCACCCGCGCCUCGUUCACGAUAAGAGACGGGACACGUGGGAACUGGAGGGGUCAGCGGCAGCAGGGAGAAACGGGAACGGCGGUCGGGAGGCUCCAACCAUUUAUCAUCAUUCGGUGGAUGGUGAAGUGCUCAAGGACACGGUGAUUUACUGCGCGGGCGAGAAAUAUGGACUGGAAGAGUUGAAGAGAAUUGCUCUAAGGAAGCAAGGUCUUCAAUGCGGAAGAGUGGCCAGCACAAUCUUGACCUCCGCCAGAUACGCCUACGCCAACACCCCCGACACCGACUCCAAGCUUCGAGCUCACUAUCUUUCGCUGAUCAUUCGCGGCCGCAACACGUUCAAGCGCAGCGGGACUAUGCAGCUGGAGAUGUUUCACGGUGGCAGUGAUCUCUUCUUUGACUUGUUUGUGGCGCUGUGUAAUCAUGUUGAUGAUAUUUCGGUUGCUUCGAGCACCCAACAAAACACCCAGCAAAGCUCCUGCAACGAGGACGGCUCCCAGCCGUAGUUCUUUGACUCUUUUUUUUCUUCCAAGUUCCUGUUUCCACACAUCUUGUGAAGGUGUGUGAUUUUAAGAU